AUGCCUGAAUUUCAGUUGUUCUUCAAUGAUCAUGCUUCCAAUGAUUUCAACACCCUUUUCACUACUCUGCCUCCUGAUAGGAAUUACUUUGCUGCAGGAGUGCCAGACUCUUUCUACGGUCGGUUCUUCCCCAAGUCCUCUAUCCAUUUGAUGUAUUCCUCUUUUGCACUCCAUUGGCUCUCUAAGGUUCCAGAAGAGUUGUUGGACAAUGGCUCUCUUGCAUGGAACAAGGGAAAGAUUCAUUAUACAAUUGCCUCGAAAGAAAUUGCUGAUGUUUAUGCAGCUCAAUUUGCAAAGGACAUGGAUACAUUUUUCAAUGCUAGAGCUGAUGAGAUUAUAGUUGGAGGAAUUAUGAUAUUUGAUGAUACGGUUUGUUCCACGAUUCGCAGACAUACCAUAGAAAUGGCCCAAAAAGAAGCUGCGAAUGCCAGGGUGGAUCCGUUUGGUGAUGACGAUGCAGUGGAGUUAACGGAGCAGUAUAGGACGGAGAGGCAAACGGAGAGGGUAGUGAGCCGGUGGUACGAUCUCAUGUCUCCACCGUAA